CGCAGAUUGUCUCCAAUCCAACUUUUCUAAGACCAAGUAAAAUCGCCAGCUUGAAAUUUUUAUUUCCAAUUCUUCAUGGCUACUAAUGAUACAAGUCUGAACUUCACACGAAUGAUUUGGACACCAGGAAGGUUUCAGUUAGACGAAAUAUUCCUCGUUGCAAGAACAGAGGAAACGAAUGCAGAAUUAUGUCGACAACAAAUUUCACCAGAGGUGAAACACUGCCGAAAACAUCUGAAGAACUGCUAUGCUCCCCCUCUUUGGUGGGUGGGCUUCAACCAGCAUCUUUCGCAUCAGUCAACAUUCUCCUCUCCAUCACAACAUUUCUUGGCAAUUCUCUUAUCCUUGUUGCCCUUCACAAGGAAUCUGCCCUCCAUGCGCCGUCCAAACUCUUGUAUCGUUGUCUCGCAACAACUGAUCUGUUGGUUGGUCUUAUUGCUCAGCCUCUCUAUGUUACCUGUUGGAUGUCCGUGGUUCACGAACACUGGACUCUUUGUUAUUACGCAGAUAGAGCAGGAUUCAUCACAGGCUCAGCAUUAUGUGGAGUUUCUUUGUUGACGAUGACGGCAAUAAGCGUGGACAGACUUCUCGCCCUGUUGGCAGGGCUGAGAUACAAAGAGAUUGUAACUUUGAAGAGUGUUUGUAUCAUUAUAGCUAACUUUUGGGUUUUAUGUCUUGUCGCCUCUUUAUGCACCAUUUUCGAAAUGCGUAUAAUCGUUUUGUAUGCCCAGAUAUUGAUACCACUUUCACUGCUUAUUUCAAUCGCCUCGUACACAAAGAUAUUUCGCACUCUUAGAAAUCAUCAGGCACAAGAUCAUGUUCAACAACAGCCGAACCAUCCAAGUGCACUGAACAUGGCGCGAUACAGAAAAGCAGUGUACAGUGCUCUGUGGGUACAGUCAGUAUUAGUUGUUUGUUACACACCAUACCUUAUUAUAACAAUUGUAUUCACUUAUAGUACAACAUAUUCAUCAUACUUAGGCGUCGCAUACGCAAUGGCAAUUUUCUUAGUUUACUUUAACUCGACGUUAAACCCUUUUCUCUAUUGCUGGAAGAUUACUGAAGUGAGACGAGCAAUGAAGCAGAUAAUCCGACAAGCACUUUGCUGUCCAUGGAGUUAGACCAUCCUCGAGUUAUACACCAUCGCAUAAGUACUUUUAGCGCAAAGCUGACCGAUAGAGAACGCUCGUCGCUUAAAUUUUUGCUCUAGGUCUGUCGAUGGUAUUAUUUGCUAGUCACGUAAAACAAAAUAAAGGAAAGGUAAUGGAAACACAAACCAAAACUUUUAAAAAGUAUUUUACAUGCCACCAAACUUUACUUUGCA